UGUAUAUUCUACCUAUCGGAAUAUACGUGUAUAUCACAGUCGCACGUCGCAUCUGUUUAAUUCUCGUGUUCUAUGUAUAUUCGUUGAAAAACAGUAUGUUUUAUUAGAAACUAUUUUUAAUUAUCUUGUAAAUUAUUUUUUAUCAUUCCUCUUGAUUAUUAUUAUUACGUUCAAGUUUUUAUCUAAACGCUGAACAUUUUAAAUGUCACGUGAAUCUUAAAAUAUGCUUUUGUGUGAAAAGAUUUUUAUAUCUUUGUAUAUUCAAGACAAGGCUGAAGGAUGGUCAAACUGAACGCGAGUGUACAUCCGAGUCUGUCGGAGAGAAUUACGGAAAAUUUGCGGCGAAAAAACGUGGUCACAGUCGUCGAUUUCGUUUCGACGGAUCCGAUUAAAUUAACGAAUUUCACUGGUCUUUCGCACACGGAUGUAUUACAAGUGAAGCAGCAUAUAUUGAAGAAUUUCAGUGCCGCAAAGAGAAACGCAGCGCAGCUCUUUGCGAUAGAACGUAGCCACGUAAUUCCGACCAACGUAACGUGUUUGGACGAAUUGCUGAGAGGUGGCCUGUAUCCCGGACAGUUGUGCGAAUUAUGUGGACCAUCGGCCUCCGGGAAGACUCAAUUAUGUUUGACGAUAGCAGCUAAUGUCGCCAGCCAGUCAAAUGCCGUCGUAUGGUACUUCGACACGAAGAAAGAUUUUUCUAGAUUGCGAUACGAGGGGAUUAUGAGGGCGAGGAAUUUCGGGCAAAAGAUCAUAGAAGAUGCAUUAUGCAGUACAAAAGUUUGUCAAGCGCGUUCCUCGGGUGAAUUGAUACGAGCUAUGCGACGAUUGGUAACUCUUUGCAAACAGGAGCAGAAUAGUGUGUCUUUUGAAGGGAGAAAGGUCUUGCUUGUUAUUAUCGACUCUUUACCAGCAAUUAUCUUCAAGGUAACGCGAAAUGUGCAACAAAGUGAUUUCGAGACAACUUACGAGCUCGAUGAUUUGGCCGAGGUGUGCCGAUUCCUCACGAGGGAAUGCCAGGCAGUCGUAAUUACUGUGAAUACAGUCACCCGAUGGGAUUCUCCAGGGCAAACGGACGACAUAACACCGGCGUUGGGAAAACAUUGGGCGAGAAUGCCAGCCACGAGAUUACUGAUAACAAGGCGACAUGGUGAAAUUCGUAGGAUUAACGUGUGGAAGGAUCUGAGAUUAAUCGAAAAUUCGUUUUGCACUGUAACUGUAAGCGAUAUUGGAAUUACAUCAUAUAAGUCGUGAUAAUUUGAUAUUUACGUACGCUGAUUAAUUAAUUGUUGUUAAGUGUAUAAAGUUGUAAUAUAUAUAUAUAUAUAAUGACAAUAAAGUGUCACAUAUUAUGUCAAGAAAAAAAAAA